GGGGCCGAAACCCCGUCAUUAUCUGAUACUCCUACUCCUACUCCUACAUACACCUUGAUAAACCCGGCUGCAUCUAUCAUCAAGUUCCAAAUGAAUACCACAGUUUCUCACCCAUAAGCACCUCCGCCUUCUUCAUCACCUCUGUGCAAAAAAGCUCCAAUCUUUAGAACAAUGGCGUCAAUAAAUUUCAACCCAUUUGGAGAAAACUGGUUCAAGAAACCACCCAACCCAUUUCAACCCAUUACCCCAUUUUUCGAUUCCCUAAACCCCUUUAAACCCCAGCCCAAAUCCCCGCUUUUCGCCUCAAUUACAGCCUCGAACCCCGAUACACCCGACCCGGAAGAAAAAAAACCCGGAAAGUACAGGCAAAUGCUGGACCAAUUCUACUGGGAAUGCGAAAACCGACCCGAUUUUCGACACGACCCGGAAAUUGAUAGGCUAAUGAAUGAAGACCCACUUGUUGAAAAGAAAGAGAACCCAACUCAGGAAGAGAUUGAGGAGAAUGAGAAGUGGUGGAGUGAGUUUCGAAGCAGCCCGGUUGUGCAGUUCUUGGCACAGGCUGAGAAAAUUGCUGAUAUGCUUAAUGAGAUGGAGUUGAAAGAAAAUGAGACUCCGUUUCGUAAGGAGGAUAAGAAGUAUUGGAGAGAUGUUCCUCAUGUGAUUGGUUUGGAUGGUAGGCCAAUGCCGAGAAAGGCGUUGACACAGAGGGAGGCGGAUAAUAAGUUUUGGGAUUUUACUAAGCAGUUCUUUUUUGGACUUUGGGGGUUUCAGCAACGGCCGUAUCCGCCUGGGAGGCCUAUUGAUGCUGCGCAAGCUAUUGGGUAUAAGCGGCUUGAGAAACGAUAUUAUGAUUUUAUCAUGAAGACCGGAGGUUGGUUCUACAAGGACCGGUUGGGACGUACUAGAGGUCCGAUGGAACUUAUCCAGCUUAAGACUGCCUGGGGUGCUGGAAUCAUUGAUAAACACACCUUUGUUUGGGGGGAGGAUAUGGAUGAAUGGGCACCUAUUGGCAUGAUUUAUGGCAUGGAACGUGCAGUUGCCACAUGGGAAGUUAGGCUAGGUGCUGCUGCAACCGCUUUUCUCCAUAAACUCCAAAAAGGUAUACCUCCUUGGGCGCCUUUAAAGGGUUUCGAGAAGAAAUCUUAUAAGCAGCUCCAAGACGAAGCUUAUGAGAGCAAGAGACGUGAUUUGACUGUACUAGAAGCUAAUGAUGGUGUCUGGCCGGGUGUAAGAAUUCCUAGCCAUGCCUUAUUUCUUUGGGCCAGUGGUUCUGAGCUCACAUCUAUAUUGGAAAAUGAUCACAUGCCAAACAAAUACAUUCCUAAAGAUCUGAGGCUCCAAUUGGCUAAAGCUAUACCUGGUUUGAGGCCAUGGGAAGUUCUAAGUGUAGAACAAGCUAUGGAUCAGAUAACUUAUAGUGGUAAGUGGUACCGUGAGCCACUUGGUUCCUUCACUACUGGUCCACCAUAUAUUCAACAGUGGAAUGAGGAAAUGGAGGAACUUUUUGAAUGCUUUAUAAACCUUAACGAUGAAGUAGUGAGCGUACUGAAGGAAGCAAUGCCAGGCUUCAAACCGUUUAUGAAGAAACUUGAAGCUGAUUAUUUUGAAAGGCUUGAGAGACGCAAAAAGAUACGGGAAGAAAAGAUUAAGAAUAAAUCGUGAGUGUAAUGGGAGGAAGUUCUGGGGAGGGGGUGAGUUCUUAUGGUCCAAGGUUUUAAGCAUAUAGGUCUUUCUUCAUCUUAAUUCUUAUGGGAGCAUGACCUGGAUAUACAUGUUUUCAUAUCCAUAUCCAAAUUGAAUUUAUAAUGUGAUGUGAUUAUCCUUGUGUAUCAUGUAAAAUUGAAGAUACACGACUUUCAUAGUAUGUAUGGGAAUGGGAACUAGUGGUUGCUUUUGAGAGCAACAUCUAUAGAAUUGAAUUCGUUUUUAAUCA